AUGAAAUUCAAUUCAAUCCUCAAACGCACCAUUCAAUAUUCUUUCACAGAGAAAGACCUGGAUGAGUUAGAGCAAGAUAUCGUUGAUUAUGUGAAAGAAUAUGAGAUUAUUUACUACCAGUUUUCGGCUCAGCGUUUAUCUGCAUGCCCCCAUACGACAUUCGAAACAAUGGGCCACCAUGUAACAAUUGGACCUUCAUCAUGGAGCAUUGGUGUGUAUCAGGCAGCACAAUUAUUUGAGGUUGUAAACCGCUACAACGUAACUCAGCUGAUGCCACUGAGACGUGAUAUGAAUGUCCCUUCACGGCAUGAGAAACGGUUUUCGAAGUCGGCCUAUCUUAUCUCUUUUUUAUGCAACCCUGUCAAACACAACCAUACUCCUGACAUGACAAUUCAAAAGAAGAUUGCAAAACAUUUGACGACAUCUUUUGGUGGCUUGAUCAGAGCCUGGUUGGACAUCCUUCCACAAAUAAUGGAGCACUGGGUGAAAGUUUGCAUUGGUAAUGGGGGCCAUCUUAUUCGAGGGGCCAUUGCACAGAUGAGCAGUUGGCAGAGUUUCCGCGAUGCCUCUUUUGUCCGUUAUGAGUUGAUUGCUGAUGCGAAUGCACACUGCCCACAAGCCAAAGAAGAUUUUGUUCGUACUGUCUACUAUGGGCGGCUUGAGUAUAUCCUUCACUGCACCAUCCCAUCAAACGUCAUAUCCAAAAAUACUGAGCCCAAAACCAUUCUUUUUGGCAUCAUUACCACUUGUACCCAGGGACACGAUGCUACACUAGAGCUGACCUAUUUUAGAAGUUUGAUGUUGUACAUUGAAAUCGUGGACUUGGCUGCAAUCUGCGCAGUGGUGGGUCGCAUCCAAAUUGGCACCACGAAUCCUCAAUGGGUGAUUGUUGACCGGAGCGGUUCCUGGGUCCGCACCGCCUUCACGGAUGACUCACUGACUGUAGACACUCCCCAACAAGACAAACUCUGACAAAAAUCC